UGGACACUCUCCUUUUGUUUGCAGAGAUUAAUUUCCAUCUCUCAAACCCUUUUCAGGACUCAGGCUGCUCUGGAUGAACUGACUUCUCCCUUUGGAUCCAACCCACCUGCAAAACCAUCUCACACCUCCCAGAAAAACAAGAAGGCCAAGGAGUUGUGCAGGAGCUCUGGAGAUCAGAUGAUCAUUGAUGCAGGUCAGAAGCAUUUUGGUGCCAUUGUUUGCAAGUCCUGUGGAAUGCUCUACACAGCUGCCAGCCCAGAGGAUGAAGCCCAACACAUCCAGCACCACGAGAGGUUCCUGGAGGGGCUCAGAUACGUGGGCUGGAAGAAGGAACGGGUGGUGGCAGAGUUCUGGGAUGGGAAAAUCGUUCUGAUCCUUCCCAGCGACCCCAAAUAUGCUGUCAGGAAGGCAGAAGAUGUCAGAGAAAUUGUGGACAACGAGCUGGGAUUUCAGCAAGUGGCUUUGAGCUGCCCUGCCAAGACCAAAAUCUACUUGUUUGUGUCCAAUGAGAAGAUGGUUGUGGGGUGUUUGGUGGCUGAACCCAUCAAGCAGGCUUUCCGGGUGCUGUCGGAGCCAGGAGCUGCUCCCUGCCCAGGCCAGGACGUGCUGCAGAACCACCGGGCCUGGCGCUGCUCCACCAAAGCAGAACCAGCACUCUGUGGGGUCAGCAGGAUCUGGGUCUGCAGCCCCAGCCGCAGGAACCGCAUCGCCCGGCGCAUGGUGGAUGUGCUGAGGAGCACCUUCAUGUACGGCUCCUUCCUCAGCACCCAGGAAAUCGCCUUCUCUGACCCCACGCCGGACGGCAAAGCCUUUGCCACCAAAUACUGCCAAACCCCCAACUUCCUGGUGUACAAUUUCCUUUCUGCCAACUGAUGGGGGCUUGGGUCCCUGCUGAACCUGAGGAGGUGACCCCAAAAAGGGUCAAUCCCUGGGGUUUUUUUUUGUUUUUUUUUUUUCUCUUUCCUGCUGAGCCCCCUCCCCGAGGGGGAGUGAGGACGUCGUCACUUUGUGUACAGUUUGUGGGGUUUUAGUGCAGGUAGGUUGGAAGUUUUAGUGAAAAUAACUUAAAAGUUGCUUUCAAAGGUUUAAUUAAUAUAAAAACC